CAAUUUUGAAUAUAUAAACCACGGCAUUUUGCGCUCACGAUGUAUUCGAAUUUGACAAAGUACAGAAGCUACUAGUAGAUAAAAUCUCAAUCAUUUAUUGGCAAUCAUGAAAUUCGCAAUAGCUCUUGUUGCAAUUUUGGCUACGGCCAAUGCCUGGACAGUACCUAAUCUUGGCAAAGGUGAGCUUCACAAGGAUCUACAAGAGUUUGUAGAUUUGAUUCCUGUCGAUAAAGUGAUCGAGCUAGUUAAGCAAUAUAUCGCCGAAGAUGCUGAAGUAAAGAGAGGUGUGGCAUAUACGAAGACGGAAGAGUUCAAAACAUUGGUUCAAGAAAUUGAGGCCAUACCUGAAUAUAUCAAGCUAUUGAAUUGCAUAUAUGAAGCUGGUGUCGACUCUUAUUACCUUGUAAAUCGUCUCCACAAAUACCUUGGACUUCCUGAAUUGACACCACCACAAAGCUUUUCCGAGUAUGGAAUCACCGGUGGAUACAAAGGUCUCAUCGAAGACGUCAAGCCACUCAUUCCCAAAGAAAAAAUCAAGGCUCUUUACCAUCAGAAACUCCAAACCUCUCCGGCCUUCAAACAAUUCAUCGAACAUCUCUCUUCUCCCGAUUUCCAGAAAGUUGUUAAUACCGUCUAUGCUAACCCCCGUUUCCAAUACAUUGUAAACAAGGCCAAGCAAGCUGGUCUUGAUCUCGAACGUAUAAGAGAUUUUCUUCAAACCGUUCUUGGCAUCACCGUUCCGAAUAAUUACUAUUAAACACCUGUAUAUGGAAAGGCUUAAUUUGAUAUUAUAUCUUGUAUCGUUUAAUUUUCUUAUGUAAAAAUCCAUUAGAGAAUUUUGACGAUCCAAAAUCGAUACAGCAUGGCUUCGAUUGAAUGAUUCAACUUGUAACUUAAUGUUCCGCAAGAAAUUAAA